CCGGCGAAUUCGUUCCUAACCUUUCAAGGUUUUGUCUAGGUUAGUAUCUAACCCUUCCAACAAUUAAAGUCACUUUAUAAUAACAUUUUAUACACAUCAACCAGUGUAUAAUAGUUCUUCAAUCAUUUAUAUGAUUUAGACAAUAGAGAGGAAGGUUUUGGAUUCAAACUUACUUUGAAUACAAAAACGUAUUCUGCGAGGUCGUGUUUUGUUCGGACUAUUUGGAGGCCUUAAACUGCUCCGUUAUCUUCAAACCGCACGUCUAUGGAUUCCUCUUCUUGAGAGCUUUCAGUGGACACCUCACACGCCCUUUUUGGAUGAGUAUUUCUCAAGAUACAAACCAAACAGUGAGCUCCACGAGCUGGAGGUUAUCCCUGCGGCCAGCUCCCUUAUCUCUCUCUCUUUUGAGUGUGAGGCUCUCCCUUCUUUCUUAUCUCUUUCAGUUCGAAAGGGGGGGUGAGGAGGAGGUGUUUAGGAGCUCUCAAAGUGAUAUCUAAGCAUGUGGUUCACAAAAAGAAAGGUAGGAUGUUUGAUUGCACUCAAACAUGGGGUGGACCUCCCCUUUUAUUUCCUUUUUGUAAUGUUGUAGCUCUUGAGUCAAAAGUUCGCCCCACAUAGUUGUCUCACCCAUUCUUCUUUGUUUUGCAGGUAGGUACUAAGGUCAUGUGGAGUGGUUCCCAACUAAUCCCAAUCAAUUUGGGGUCCAAAAUAUCUACCAAUACUUCCAAAAAUUGGAAGAUGGGUCCUAUUGUUUUAUCUUUUGUCAAAAGAUGUCUUUUUGUACACAUUGUAAUUUAUAUAGACCAAGUCAACUCCCUACAUCAUAUUAUUGAUCUCCAAUAUGUGUAGGAUCAUCCCAAUAAUUUACAUGAUGAAUAUUAUAGAAGAAACAACCUACUCCCAUUAUUUAGCUCAAUAAUGUCAAAGGUGGGACCAUAGGUGUUUGUAUUCUUCCCAAAUCAUCCUAUCACUUAUUUUAACAUUAUCAUUCAUAUUAUUGGACUACUAGUCGUGUGGGUUACCCUCAAGUGGGCUAAGGGCACCACUCUUGAAUACUUACUAUUUUUAGCAUGUUGAGCCCGAAAUGAUGUUUGGGCCGCCCGACCUCCCUUAGUUGCAUCAAAAGAUUAUGUAUCAUUAUUUAGAUAAUGUUGGGCUCUUAUAUUUAAUAAGAUGGACCCAAAUAAGUAUUUGAAGCCCAUCACUAAUAUACAAGCUCAACGGUAAAAUGAUCAACCAUGCGUUACAUAAAACAACGAUUGUCUUACAAUUGUUUGGUAAAUGGAAAUUCAAUGCAUAAACUUUGCAUUUAAAUUUGAAUUUCAAGGACGCUCGGGUGCGGUGUCACACUACACCUCAGUCAUAAACGAAAAAAAAAACAAAAAUGCAACACAUACGAACAAAGGAUAUGCUCACCACGAAAGGCAUCACCUCGGAUUCAACUACAAACGAAUGCAGAAGUCAAAGUGCAGGAUCAACAUCGAACUACUCAAAAUUGAAAAAAAAAACACAAAAAUGCAACAAAUACGAACGGAGGCUAUGCUCACCAUGGAAGGCAUCACCUUGGAUCCAACUACAAACAAAUGCAAGAAGUCAAAGUGCAAUAUCAACAUCGAACUACUCUACUCCCUUUCACUUUGAAGCUACUCAGCUCAGAGAGUGGGAGGCUCCUUAUAGAGUAUAUGGGCUCAGAUUCACGGCCCACUCACUUUUGGAUACACAAUUUUCCAAGCCCAUCACGCCACUGAAGAUCUCUCAAGCAAUCUCAGAGGUGGCACCUCAAAGGAUGGAGAAAACAGCUAUGUUCGUACAUUCACCUCAGAGGCCACCACCUCAAAGGUGGCACCUCGGCCACAGAUCUCAGAAGAUCAUCCAGAAGCAAGGACAACACUGCACUUGGGGUGCACCCCUGCACCUCGGCCAUCGUCACUGCCUCAUUACUACUAUAAAUACUCCCUUUGGGGGUAGUGAUAAAGGGUUAGACUCCCAUUAAUACAUUGUAUUUCUCUCUCUAAACUCUGGCUCUCCCUUCUCUUUAACAAUACCACCAGCGUUUUACCAGGAAGCUAUCAAUUCAAUUACCUAUUAGAUUAAAUGUGUAGAGAGAGCUUUUCAUUAUUCCAGACAAUAGUUGCAGACUAGAGUGAGAAAUAAUGUAGAGUGCAAUCAUUUCUUCGAUCAUUUUUGUAUCUUUAACAGAUCCAUUUCUACUCCAUAUUAUGUUCUAUUUGUAUGUGUUAUAUUUGUCUGAGAUCAUUAUCUUCUAUACACCGAAUCCAGGAUUUACACAUACUAUUACCAUAAAUACUCUUAUUAUAUUUACGGUAAUACCGUACCUAAAUUUGACUACUCUUUCACGUCGGUUUCUACCCGAAAAUGACAUAUACUUUUUGAAAUUAAAUAAAAGUUUUACACGUCGGUUGUAUAGAACAACCGACGUUAAAUGUAGGCGAAAAAUAAUUUUGCAACAUAUAACCAUGUCGGUUAUACGUUACAACUGAUGUGAAGUCAUACUAGGAAAUAAAUCUUACCACGUCAGUUAUAUGGAAUAAAUGACAAGAUAAGUAAUUUAAUUAAAAUUAAAAAAUUCUAUAACGUUGGUUUCAAGACCGACAUAAUAGAUACCGAACUACAACGCCGGUUUCAAGACCGACGUAAUAGAUGCCUACCUAUAACGUCUAGACAUUCCUCCUCACUUACAAAACCAACGUUAUAGGGACAAAAAAAAAACUGACGUCAUAACUUGUUUAAGUAGUAGUGCCAGGAGCAUAUUUAUAUACUCCCUCCGGUUCUGAUUCUUCUUUACACUUUCCUUUUUGGGCUGUCCCAGAAUCAUCUUUACACUUCCUUAUUUACCUUAUUUGGCAAACAAAUCUACAUAAAACAGUGCCAAACAGUGUACUGUACAGUAAAAGUCAAAUUUAUUUCCUAAAAACCUGUGAAGUCAAAGUGUAAAGAAGGAUCAGAACCGGAGGGAGUAUAAGAAAGCUGAAAAAUAGGAAUAUGCAGUUAUGCACGUGUAAAGCAGACAAGAACACAUUUAGAGAUACAAUUGUUAUACUAAGAAAAUCACAGGAUAUUGUCGUAUCCUAAAUGAAUCAUACGGGAAAAAGCAUAUGAAGAGACGCUUGAUGUAUCGAGAAAUAAUGUAAAAGAGAUUAUUCCUUUUAUAAAUGAAUGAUCAUUUAAAUACUGUCGUUUGAAACGAUUAUUGAUAGAACUAUGGACAUACUAGGGGCUCUUUACUUUUGACACAAUGGAUUUAGUGAGAAUGUUAACCGUAUCGUUCAGUCAUUAAAUCAUAUUUACUUACAACUUAAUUGAAAGCAUAAUUUAAUCAUUCAGUCAUUAAACUGACUUACUCAUUAAGCUUAAUCAUCCAUACGUCUUAAUCGAAAAUAUGAAAAAUAAACAUCCUAACAAUAAUUAUACAUGGCCAUUCAUCCGACAAUCCGACCAUUUAUGAGGUACACCCGAGUGUACAUGCACACCCGGUACUUUUGUAAAUAUUUGCAAGGUGGAGGUUAUUAAUUAGGGAGCAAGUAUUGCUUCCUUCGUUUUUCUCUUUGUCUGAUGCACUCUUCCAGCUUUCUCUUUCAGUUUUUCUUUUUUUUCUUUUGUAUUUUACAUUCUCCUCCACUCACUUAUCAAGUUAUCAUUCGUAUCUUUGCUUUUCAAUUUUUUUUUUCUUUUUAUGCUUCGUUUUUUCGUUUUCUUUUCUCUUAAUUUUGACCUUGAAUUUUUGUAACAUUAACUUUUCUUUUGCCAAAAAAGGCUUUAACUUUUCCUUUUCUUUUUUCUGCUUCCGUUUUACUUUUUUUGUUUUCCUUUAAUUUUGAACUUUGACUUUUAACUUUAGUUUUUCUUUUUCUAUUUCUGCUUCCAUUUUUUAUUUUUAUAAAUAUCUUUUGUCUUCUGCUCCUCCAAUUUUGAACUACUAUUUCCUUUUUAUUUUUAUGUAAACUUUUUACAAGGGUUUUUUCUUUCUUGCAAUUCUUUCAAAAAAUCACAUCGAAUGGCAAUUUAAUAAAAACAUAUACCUUUCUCACUCUUCUAUUAAAAUGUGCAACCUUCUAAAUAAUUAAGAGUAUAUUAUUUAAAUUAAAUGUGCAUUGAUAUAAUUUAUAAAAAUAAGCACAAUAAAAUUGAUUGGUCUGAAAUAAGAAAUCAGUGCUUCUUUAUGUUGUACUGAUAUGAGCAUACACAAAUUGAUAUUUGAGCAUACUAGAGAUUUUCAAUGUGAUUUUUAAAUUUUUCGAUAUUCAUUUCGUAAGUUAUCUGUGCUCAUUUAUUACUGGUAUAAUGCUCAUUUUAAAAUGAGUAUUACAUCACACAUUUUAAAAUGUCAUAUCUAUGCAUAUUGGUGUAAUGCUCAUUUUAAAUUUUUCGAUGCUCAUUUCAUAGAUUAUGCAUUCUCAUUUAAUAUUUGAGUAUACUGGAGAUUUUAAAUAAGCUUUUUGAAUUUUUAGAUUCUCAUUCAGUAAAUAUGUAUGCUCAUUUGAUAAAGGUGUAAUGUUCAUUAAGUAAGUUACAUAUGCUCAUUUGGUAUUGAUGUUAUGCUCAUUUAUAAAUGGCAUACCAAUGAAAAUUUCAAAAAUACCAUUACAUUAGAUUUGCAUAUUGAAAUUCAUAUGAAUGUGUAUAAAUAUAAUUUAAUAGGUUUGAUGCUCAUUAAGAGUUCAUUAAUGCUCAUUCAACAGAAAUCGUGAUUUUCAUCUCAAUAACGGAUGUUUGAUGCUCAAUGAAAAUGUCUUAAUAUUCAAUUAACAAACCUUACGAUUUUCAAAAUGCUCAUUAACUUACGCAAUUUGUAAGUUAUGUGUGCUCAUUUAGUAUUGACGUUAUUCUCAUUUUUAAAAUAUCAUAUCAACGCUGAUGAAAUUGACGCUCAACAUAAUAGGUUUGAUGCUCAUCAAAAGUGCAUUAAUGCUCAUUUAACAUAAACCGUGAUUUUCAUCCUAAUAGAGAAGGUUUGAUGCUCAAUGAAAAUCUUGUGAUGCUAAAUACUAACAAACCUUACCAUUUUCAUUUCAAUGAGCAUUUUGUAAGUUAUGUAUGCUCAUUCCGUACUAGUGUUACGCUUAUUUUUAAAAUGUCACAUCAAUGCAUAUUUUAAAGGAAAAAUUCACAUGAAUAAUCUCAACUAUUAGUCAUCUUCUUAUAAUAAUCGCAAAUGUUGAUAAUAUCAUUAUAAUCCCAAUUAUAGUGAGUAUCUUCUCAAAACGAUCUGGUGACCUGUUUAAACCAAUUUAGCAGGUCACCUAUACACGUGACAUAUUCUCAUUGGUUGUUUUAAUUUUCUUCUUUUUUCCUUAUUUCUUUUUCGUUCCUCUUUUUCUUUCGUCUUCCAUGGAUCCGAGACGAUUUCUGAUUUUUCCUUAUUUCUUUUUCGUUCCUCUUUUCCUCUUAUUUUCCAUGGAUCCGAGACGAUUUCUGAUCACAAAUAUAAUACGAAGAAGGCUGCUAGCAGCGGGCUGUUUUUUCCCAUGUUCUUCCUUUUUUAAAUCUCUCCUUCUUUACCGUGUGUGGCCAUGGAUACGGAGUGGCUAUGUUCAAUGAUGUUUUUCUCUACAAUGUUUUAUUCGAAGUAGUAUUUAUUCAAAAAUACUGGGUAACUUAACAGAAGAACAGAGUGAAGAAGAAAGAAAAGCUCUUUAAGAGUGGAGUGAAAGAUCGAAAAUUUAUUAUGACCCAGAGAGUAUAUACUCUCUCCAGGGAGUUUUAUCUCGAUCAAUGGUUUAUUAAUGGAAGAACUGAGCGAAGAAGAAAGAAAAGCUCUUUAAGAGUGGAGUGAAAGAUCGAAAAUUUAUUAUGACCCAGAGAGUAUAUACUCUCUCCAGGGAGUUUUAUCUCGAUCAAUGGUUUAUUAAUGGAAGAACUGAGCGAAGAAGAAAGAAAACCUCUUAGAAGAAGCAAAAUUGCUCCCCAGCCUUAUGCCGCUCCAAUCUGACAUCACUCUAGGUUUUCCCAGCUUUCUCGACAAACUCUUUCCCGAUUUUCUUCCUCUCUUUUCUUCUUCAUCGUUAGUGGCUAUGGUUACAUUGAUCUUUUCUUUUGUUUUUUUUUUCUUUUCUCCUUCCACCGCAUCUAGAAGCUUAUCCCCCAUUUGUUUUAAGUUUUUCAUCAAUCCAUGAUAAAUUUACAUUCCUGGAAAUUUGGAUAGAAUAGAUCAGGUCGCAAAGUAGACAGAGGAGAGGGCGAACGCUGAGGUGGAGGAACGCUGGAGAUGGAUCGGAA